AUGAACACUAGAAUUGGGGGUAAAUUUACUUUUAAAGGCAUAUCCGGUGGAGAAAAGAAAAGACUGGCCUUUGCUUCAGAGGUGUUAACCAAUCCGUCGGUUUUGUUUUGUGAUGAGCCGACCAGUGGUUUGGACUCAUUUAUGGCCCAAAAUUUGAUUGAAUGCCUGAAGACUAUGGCAUCGGAGGGCCGGACCAUCAUCUGUACUAUACAUCAGCCCUCGUCUCAAGUGUUUGCACUCUUUGAUAAUAUAUUAUUUAUGGCUGAUGGAAGGGUAGCUUUUAUGGGCACAACUCGCGAAGCCAAGGAGUUCUUCUCAUCUCUCGGAUAUAAAAUAUGCGACAAUUAUCUCGACUUUUCCCACUCGCCUAUAAUGAUCACAAAUGGGACUGAAAACAAGUCUGAGGAUACUUUUGACGAGCAGACCGAUGGAAAUGAAGAUAUUGUGGACAGGGGUCAUAGGGCCGGCGUUUGGCGACAAAUGUUUACCCUAUUCUGGAGGUCAUACCUAAUACUAAUCCGCAAUCCAUUGCUACUAAAAGUCCGAUUCAUGCGCUCAUUGGUAUUAGCUCUAUUUCUGGGCGCUAUCUAUUACAAACAAUUUCCCAUCUCAUCUGAUGUGGAAAAUAUAAACGCCGCCCUAUUUCUCGUUAUUCAGAACACCAUGUUUAUGAAUACAUUGUUUUGUAUUCAGAUAUUCUGUAUGGAGGCGCCCAUAUUCCUGCGAGAGUACAAAAAUCGUUUGUAUGGUGUGUUUCCCUAUUUCGUGUCCACCGCUUUCAUCCAGUUACCAGUGAUUACUUUGACCGGGAUUAUAUUCAUUGCUGUUAUCUAUUACAUGGUUGGCUUUAACCCCGAACCCCAUGUAUUCUUUACGUGUUAUUUUAUUUCGGCGAUUAACAAGACCAUGAUGGGGGCAUUGGCUAUGUUCACGCCUAUGGUUAUGCCAAUGAUGCUAUUUGGUGGCCUAUUCUUGAAUUCCGGUAAUAUGCCCGGGUGGUUGUCGUGGAUCCAGUACCUAUCGUUCAUACACUACGGAUACGAGUCACUGGUGGUGAACCAGUGGAAAGACAUCGAUUAC